AUGCUGUUGUCUCAACACACACACACACAUUUUUCCCUCACAAGAACAUCUCCCGCUCUCGACGGUCUCAACGCUAUUUUAUCACCAGACGGCGUGUCGCAAGCUUUUGGAGCAGGGCAGUUUCGUCCUUUCGAGUACCGUCGACCUCGAGUUUUGCAUGACCUCCAACAGUUUCUCAAUGAAACGCUAGGUUGGCUCUUGAUCUUUGGGUUCAGUCGGCGCAAAGCUGAGUAGAUUAUGUUUCGCCAGUUUGCUGAAUUAUUCAGACAUCUAAAAAUUUGAGAACGGCCACUCAAAAAGGUUUCAAAAAACUUGCUUUAAUGAGAAUAAUAAUGGAUUUAGAUAAUAAUGCGUUUAGAGAAAAUGGAAAAGGACGUCAAAAAUAGAUCGUGGGGCAGCAUAUCCUCCUUAUGGCUGAUCAGAAUGAUUUCAUUGUAGAAUGGUAGUAGAAAAAAACUUCGCAGUUCUUUUUUUCUAUGUAAAAAAAUCUCAGUAAUUUUUUUGUUAAACAGGAAUCAUAACGUAUGCGACUUAUUAAAAAUAAUAAUUUUAUGUGCUUUCACAUGAAUCGUCAAGGUGACUGCUGGGUCAUAAACAGAAACCUUUUUUGAUUCACUUAGCCCUAGAGGGCACCUUCCAAAAUCUCACACGGCCAUCUAUUUUUCAUCAGGCUAUCACGUCAAGUUCGUGCGAACUCGGGUGUUUGAGUAAAUUAUAUUUCUGGCGGGUGCUCGAUAAAUUGUGUAGAAGCCGACAAGUCACGAAAUAAAUGAAAGUGCUACGAAAAAGGAACUCACACGUCGAGAUCGGUAAUUGGAAGUUGGGGGUCGUGGGUCCUCGAAGCUCGGAUCAUCGUCGUUUCGGCGUCGACCGUUUGCCAAGAAAGCCUUGGCGAGGUCUCAAUUGCGAGCAAAAAUCCGAGAACACGUUGAAAGAACGUUUUGGAUGCAGCUGGAAAUUGGGCGAGGGAACGCGCGAGGUUUUACGAGGGAAAUUGCAGAAUAUUUUCUACAUUUUUCAUUUUUCAAAUUAUUCUGGUUUUUGGCGAGGGUAAUUGGAAAUGAAAAUUGAAGCUAAUAACUUUUCUUCAAAAAAACUACAAUUUGAGACCCAAAACGCCAUCAAUCACACUCGAAAAACGUAGGAAAUAAAGAUGGCGAGCCAGGGAUUACAUUUUCAAAAUUUGAGUGAGCGAAUCCCAGCUGAGAUUGCUUGGAAAUGGUGGCUUUUCGUGUUUACUCGUGUAUUCCUAUAAAAGAUUGACGAGAGAUAUAACUAACUUUUGCCGUAAACAAAAAGCCAAAAACUUCUUCCAUUUUCAAAAAAAAAUUUUCACCAUACUCAGAAUUGAAGAAAAAUAAUAAUGAAAAUGAAACUUCAGAACUUUCCGGGAAAAAAACUUUUGCUCUCAUUUCUAUACUCCUUUGUGCCGUAAAAAAACAGCGCUCUAGUUCAAGUUUCGCUCGCCGCCAAGGAAACAGCUGUAGAAGAAUUUGUAAUGUAAACAUUUAUUAUUCCAAAAUUGACGAUCUCGGAGCACGAAAUGCUUCAAAUACGUCUUUGGAAAACUUCCUCGAGAAAUCUUGUGAAAAAAUGUUCGGAGAAGCUGAAGUCAAGUAGAAGAUUCAAAAAAGCUUCAAGAGAAACAUGCGAAGAUGGACUUCACAUCCCCUUUGACCGCGAAAGUCUAAAUCAAAUUGACGAACGGCGUAAUUUUUGCAAAUUUGAAUUUUCUUUCACCUGGAACGAGGCGCUUACGAAAAGAAAAACGACCACAAAAGCAUUGAUACCGUCGCCAGUCAAUGGAAACAAAGCCCAUAAUUUCGAGUAACUGCCAUUUUUUCUUUCGUGUUCAAUUUAAACGUAGGAGGUUUAUAGCUCAAUUUGAUUGAAAGCAAAAAUUGGAAGCGAACAAAAGAUAGUCAAGACUGAAGGGGCAAAAGCAAAGGUCCAUGGCCAAUGCGCAUUUGUGAAAUUGGAUCCGUUCACGUUAGAAGAUGAUCCUUUAUGACUUGGUUGAACAGAUUGAGAAAAACGUGACUCGAAAAACUUUCACAUGGCCUGCAAAAAAUAGCUUCCGAACACUUUUUAAUCGAGAAAAAAAGCCAAAUGAUGCAGAAUUAAUUUCAGUGAGUAGAGCUAAACCUCUUAAGUCUUUUACUAAUCAAGAACCUCGGCUAAGCGGUUUUUCGUUAACUAAAAUAAUUGAAUUCCCAGUAUUUCAGCAUUUGAGAAGUGUUCUUUGUUUUGAAAAGCUUUUAAGCUAUGAAAAGUUUUCCCGAUAUUUUGAAAUUUAGAAUCAGGAGAAAACAUUCAAUCAUUGUUAACCGCAGUUACUCAAGACUUUGAAGCGAUUUCUGUAAAAAACAAUUUUCUUUUAUCGACUUUCCAGUAUUUUAGAGUUCGAGAAGGAUUUUCAAACAUAUAACAGCGGAGAAAAUUUCCAAAAAGCAUUUUCAAUCAGUAAAUAACAGAACAAAAUCCAAAAACUGAAUAUUGCUCAUUUUGUUAUCCAAAAAACUUUUUCAAGCGUUUUAAGGAACACUUAUGCUGAUCGGAAUUUACUCGUUUCGGAAUUUUUUGAGAAAAAAACGGCAAAUGGGAAGAACAAACACCAAGGUAGGAGCCAAGGAUGGCAUCGAAUUUCAGGAGGUUUAUUGUAUUGGCUAACGUCGAAAUCGAAAAUUCAAGGUGAUACUUUGACGAGAAAGAGAAGGAAACGACAAAAUGAAAGGAUUCGGAGAAGAAAAGCCGCUCGGAUUGUGGUGAGAAGAUAUGAAUCGGAUGGGUCCCUGUGGUCGUUUUCCCAAAAAUGUCCAACACAAAGUGUAAUUGGCGAGAUGCCAGACUCUAUUAGCCGCCCAACUUAUGAUGAUAUUGGGGAAUUCGAAAGAAAACCAAGACUCACAUGGUAGGCAUCUUGACAACGUCGUCCCGCCGACGCGUUGGCGAGGCUUCUUUUUCGUGAGGUUCUCAGUAUAAUUGGCGGGCUCAGAGAAUAUCUCGCCUUUUCGGAUAUCAAUUGGAAGAAGGCCAAGAAGCUUCGGCGUGAGGCUGUCUCCCAAGAAGAAAACGACUAUGCGGCCACGCCCCGCAAGCACCGACGACGAAUAUAAGCGGAGGCGUCGAGAAGGGUGUGCUCGCGUUGGCCGGAAAACGCGCGCCAAUUCAAAUCCGCCUCCAAAAAACUUUUUUUUCAAUUCAUCAGAGAUCUAAAAAAUAUGGGAACAAAAGCAAGGUACUCCCAAGCGCCGGGUAUCCAUUUACAAUGAUCUCUCAGACGCACUUGAAACGAAAAAUUCAAGCUUCCGCUCAAAUUUAUUUGACCAGUUGAAAAGACAAGCAGAACUUUGUACCUUUCAAUUGAAAAAUAUUAGGAAAACCUUUGUAAACCUAAGGUAUUAUAUAAACAUGACAUCAAGAUUUUUUCCGAACUGUCUUUUCCGAGUUUUGCUUCAACCUUUUCGACUCAUCAAUCAUUCUUGAAAAAUAUUCAAUAUACAUCAUCGAACGAAUUUACUUUUCAACAAUUGUACUUUAAAGAAAAACGCAAAAACUUGUUCCAAAGAUCUUUUUCAAUUCGUCUCGGAGAUCUAUGAAAGACCUUCCAGACUUCGCCCGAAAAAACCUUUAGACUCUGACCGGAAGCCGCUUUUUCGCUCAUAUCGAAUUCUUUUGUUUCAGACUGAAAAACGGCACAUCAGUAUUAUGUCAUUUCUCUUGUUUGAAAAUCUUCAAUAAAUUCUUCUAUGCUAUCCCUCCAUCUUCAGUUUAUAAUAUUUCUCAUUCAAUUACUCAAACGCCUCUAUUUAUCUUCGAAACCUUGUUUUUGGUUCUCCUUUUUUGCCUAAACAUAGGAAAAAAUCUUCUGAAAACCACGAAGCAGCUGCAAACGACUUCACAUUCUCCAAAUGUUGGUCAUGAAUAAUAGAAAGCGGGCAUAUACCAAACGAAUUUCCCAGCCUUUUCCAAGUUUCCUCAGUUCUUUUUCGGACGGCGAACCUUAAAUAUUCCAGGUCAGAGUUUUCAAGCACUAGUCCUUCUCAAAAGUUGCACGUCAAAGAUCACUCGAAAAAUUCCCUUGUUUCUUCAAGGUGUUGACUUUGUGUUCUUUAAAGCCGAUUCGUGGGAGGACAAAGAAAAAAGAAAACAAAAAGAUCGUAGGAAAAAGAAGAAAUAAAAAUUUUUCAGGCCGUCCUGCACCGUCAGUUCACUGGAUCGACAACACUGGCAAAGAGAUUGAAGAGUCCAGAAAAAUGAAGGUUUUUUGGAUAUUAAAAAUUCCCUCAUCAGAACCCAAACUGGUUAGAUCGAGUCGACAGCGCUGAACACAGUCCUGACGAUAAACAGCAUCGAAGCCAGUCAUCAAGGAGAAUUUACGUUGAGAAUUAAAAAUCGCUGCGGAGAAGACAGAUAUCCCAUCGGUAUUCAGGCAAGUUCGCUCACAUUUCUACCUUUAUUAGUCCAAGGAAAGUCCCACAAAGACCUCGAAAAAAAAAUUGAUACUCUACUUACCCAGCACUGGAGAAUCCUCCACUGGAAAACGUGUUGUUACCCUAAAGUUAAUUUUUUUUUCUAACCAAAAAAUAGUUGAAGUUUACCGUUGGGAUAACCAUCGCGCCGUUGUUAUGGUCGUUUUUUUGUCCUUUUUUCACGUCUGAAAAUUUUUUUUGUAAUUGGAUCAUGUUCCGAAGUUUUUAAGAAUGUUUUCGGUUUCGACUGAAGUUAUCUUCAAAAAAUGUUUUUUGAUAUUUCUCUAACUAGCAAAAAAAGCAAUUUACUCGGACUUUCGAAACCAUUUUGGAAUUGGCCAGAAAGCCCUUAACUUUUCAAGUACUGGAAAAGAUUCUAAGAGUCGUAAUCUGCAAAACUAGUUUCUGAGAGAAAAAAAGCAAAAAAAAAACUAUUUUUUUGAAUAAUUUAUUCUUGAUAAUUAAAAAAAGAUGAGCAGGCCAGGAUCAUGAUGAAGGAAUGUUGUGCACAUAAAUAAUAAAGUUAUUAAAGAAAAAGUACUAAAUUUUUGGACUAAAAAGUACCUUUUUUUGUGAGUAAAAAAAUAUUUAGUAUCUAAGUAAUAAUUAGAGACAAUAAUGCUCUACGAAAAAAAGUACUAUAAAUACUUUUUUUCAAACGUUAUGGCUUGCAACAGCUUUCAAAUUAAUCCGUUUUAAUAUUUAAAAAAACAUAAACAUACGAUUUCCUUUGAAAAACUCUUGCCUCGCACCAAAAUGUAUUCACAAGAAACUAGUUUCGAAAUAUCAUCAUUUCGGUCACUACGACUAGUCACAUAGCCCACAUAACAAAAAUAGAAAUCGAGAGUUUAUGAGAAAAAAAAAGCGGCGAAGAACCAGCCGACGGUUUUGUUGGCCAGAAGGCUGAAAGAAAGAACGUGUGACGAAAAACAGUUAGACGUGAGAAGCAAAUGAAGAUUGGGUCUUCACAUACUUUGUGCAAAUUGGCCAACAACGGGUCGCGAAAUAGCAGGCCGAGUUGCGAGAUUUCGAUACUGACGCUCACAAACUUCAUUUCUUCGCACCUCCUAUCAAUUUCCAAGUGUCCACACCCCUUCGGAGAACCUAAAAUUUCAAUUGGAGGAAGUGGAGAAGAAAAAGCAUAAAUUGUUUCAGGUGACGGACAGACCGGCGGCACCUGGAAAACCAGCAGUCGAGGAUCAGAAUGUGGAUUCAGUUCGACUGCGAUGGGCGGCGCCAACCAAUGAUGGCGGUUCGCCAGUACGCAACUACACAGUCGAAAUGUGCACGGUGAGCAGAAAUUCAAUGAAUGAUAUGAACCGAUCUCGGAUCCAGGAGAAAAAGGCGGAAUGGGUGAAGGCCGAAGUCACGAAGCAGGCGUUCAUCACCUUGUUCAACCUGACAGCCGGCGAAACCUACAAGUUCCGCGUCCGCGCUGACAACACUUUCGGACUCUCGGAUCCUUCUGAGGAAUCUGAACCCGUCAUUGUCAAGGUAAUUUACCUUGAACUUUAGAAAAACUCCAAGUUUCCAGGAUGUCAAGCGCACUGUUGAAGAACCGAAAAAGAAGCAGAAAGUGAAAGAAGAAAAACAAACCAUCGAUUAUGAUAAGCAGGCGACGGACGUGACCGCUUCAGAAUACACAAACGUCGAUAUACAUCGACUUCCCAACGAUCUUCAAGCCAAGUACAUCAUCCACGAAGAACUAGGCAAAGGCGCCUAUGGUACUGUGUACCGAGCCACCGAGAAAGCCACUGGCAAAAUCUGGGCGGCCAAAAUGGUUCAGGUAGAUAUGGCUGAAAUACGUUUGUCUCUGCAAAUUGAGAUUCAGGUUCGACCAGGAGUGAAGAAAGAGAACGUACUUCACGAAAUCGCCGUCAUGAACCAACUUCACCAUGAAAAGCUGCUCAACUUGCACGAAGCCUUCGACAUGGGCAACGAAAUGUGGCUCAUUGAAGAAUUGUAACAAUAACUUCGAAGUUUAAUCAUUGAGAAAAAAAACUACAGUGUUUCCGGUGGCGAACUAUUUGAGAAGAUCAUGGAAGACGACUCCCUGAUGAGCGAAGAAGAGGUUCGCGACUACAUGCACCAGAUCCUUCUCGGCGUCCAGCACAUGCAUAAAAACAGUAUUGUUCAUCUUGACUUGAAGGUACGAAAAAAUCUUUUAUCUCAUAAAAAAACUCAUUUUCCAGCCGGAGAACAUUUUGCUCAAGUCGAAAAACUCGAAUGAACUGAAAAUUAUCGAUUUUGGGUUGGCUCGCAAGCUUGACCCGAAGAAAAGCGUGAAGCUUUUGUUUGGAACUCCUGAGUUCUGUGCUCCUGAGGUUGUCAAUUAUCAACCUGUCGGCUUGGCCACAGACAUGUGGACUCUUGGUGUCAUCUCCUACGUUUUGUACGUUGAUUUGAUUUUUUUUUCGUUCUCAAGCGAGAAAUUUUUAGGCUUUCUGGUCUGUCACCGUUCCUCGGAGACAGCGACGAGGAUACUCUGGCAAAUGUUUCGGCAGCCGAUUGGGACUUUGAUGAUCCAUCCUGGGACGAUGUCACAGACUUGGCCAAGGACUUCAUCUGCCGACUCAUGGUCAAAGACAAAAGAAAGCGCAUGUCCGUUCAGGACGCAUUGAGACAUCCAUGGAUUACGGUCAGUUCAAGAACUAAACAGUCCUUUUCCUGUUCAGUGUUUUCGAAAACUAACAUCUUUUUAUUUCACGAAAUCGAAAAAAAGUUUCCCAAAAAGUUUUACAAAUCUUCAGAAAACAAAAAAGAAAACAAAUUUUAUCUGAACACUGAUUGCAAAACACGAAAACCGUCAAAAUUUGGUCGGAUUUUUGCGCUUUUCAUUUUUCCUUUAACGUCCAGAAACUACCAAAAAUCAAGCAACCAUUGAUUAAAUUUUUACAAAAUUUGACCCGCGCAAAUAAAAAAAGAAAUGUAUUAAGAAACUUCAUUAAGUUUUAGUUUCUUUUUGAUUUCAAAAGGCUAGAGAAAAUGUAGUUCUUCAAUUUUGUGAAACCGUGUAAGUCAAAAAUUUGAAUGGCCAAGAUUGUACAAAAACAUCUAAAAACAGCAAACAACAAGAACUUCAUCAGAAUUAUAAAGCUAAAAGGUGACCAGUUCAGUUCAAAAUUUAGAGCAAAGUAAAGAACUUUUGUUUCAUAAAAAUUGCAUGCAAGUUUCGUUAUUCAUGUGUACGUCUUUUUUUUGUUCAGGGUCCACUCCUCUCUGCGUUCAAUGACUUGUCCGAAUAUGUUAAGGUCCUUUUUUUUUGUUAAACUAGCAUGUUCAGCAGAAAACAAAUAGUUUUAUAACCAACUUCGUUCAGAAAACUCAACCAAAAGCUGAUCGUGGAGCCCUACCACCAAGACAGAAGAAGAACUUCCUUUCUUUGAAGCGGUAUAUAAAUAUUCUGUCUUUUGCCACUGCUAUGUUUUUUUUUUAUCAGGUGGUCCGACAAUCUUCUUCCGAUUGGUCGCUUGGCGAAACGAGGUGCUAUUUUCCGACGUCUCACUAUGGAUGGCGUGUUUGAGCGAAACAUCAGCUUCGGUAAAUCUUAUAUAUCCUUUUUUAUACGAACAAUGAAAUUCAGAUGCUGACUACGCUCCGACCGUCAACAAACAACUGGAAGACAUCGUCUCACACGUUGGAGACCUGAUUGCCACGCUUUCUUGCAAUUUGGAAGGUUCUCCAAUGCCCAAGAUCACCUGGUUGAAAGACGAUAAAGAACUAGUUGUACCUUCCAUCAAGUACGACUCAUUCUUCAACGAAGGUCAGGCCGAGCUCACCAUCAAAAACGUCACCGAAGAAGACGCAGGACGAUAUACAUGUCGUGGAACUAACGAGUUGGGCAGUAUCAUGACCAACGCCACGCUCUCCGUUGAAAAAACUGAGAAAAAGAAAAAGUCUGAAACCCUGCCAGCUGCAAUGGAAAAGCAGAAGAAGAAGACCACCAAAAUUGUGGUGCCAACAGAAGAAAUGUGCGAUCUUCCACCAGACUUCCAUCACAAGCUGAGCGACUGUGAUGCUAAGAUCGGCGAAAUAAAGAUCUUGGUUGUGACCAACACAACUUUGCCGGAGCCCACCGUAGAAUGGUAUCACAAUGGUGAGCACAUCAGCGCCAACGACAGCAAUUAUAUGAGGCGCCACGACAAAGGAAGAUAUGAGCUGCAUAUUCUUAGCGUCGAUUCAAGUGAUGCUGGUCAUUGGAAAGCUGUUGGCAAGAACGCCUACGGAGAAUGCGACAGCGAAUGUGAAAUGAGCGUCACCAUUCCAGAUGGACAGUUUGCUCCAAGUUUCGGCAAGCCCCUCGAAGACAUCCGUUGUACUGAAUCCGACAUUUUGAAGCUGGAAGUCAAGAUUGAUGCUAAUCCAGCACCAGAAAUUAGCUGGUUCCGAAAUGAAGGUGAAAUCGAACACUCGCAAAGACAUCGGCUCCAAUAUGAUGAUGGAAAUGGUAACUACUCGCUCACCAUCAUUGACGCCUAUGCCGAAGACAGCGGUGAAUACAAAUGUAUUGCGAAAAAUAAAAUCGGUCGCGCCCACACGAUUUGCUGCGUACGCAUCGAAGAACUGGAGUCUAAACGAAGCAAAAAAAUUGACGGAAGCAAGGCUCCACGGUUCCGAAUGCAGCUGGCCAAUCCACGCGAAGUCCCACAAGGUGCUGACUUGACACUGGUCUGCUCUGUUUCAGGAACGCCGCAUCCGAUGGUCAGGUGGCUGAAAGACGAAAAGCCAAUAGAUAUGUCUAACAAGCAAGACAAGGAAGAAAACGGAGUUUGCACGAUGACCAUCUUUGCUUCGAAGCCAGAAGAUCAAGGAAAAUACAUUUGUGAAGCAGAAAACAUGCAUGGCGUCGCCAGAUCGGUGUGUGACGUUGAAAUUAAAGACGCAAUCGACAAAGACCACAUCAAGCCUCGAUUCACUGAACAACUGGUGAACUGCUCCACAUGCGAAGGCAACGAGAUCGUUCUCGAGUGCUGCGUUGUCGGAAAACCAACUCCGGCCGUUACUUGGUACAAAGAUGGACUGAAACUCAUCAUCGAGAACCGCAUGCUACAGUACACAGAUCGCAGAGGAGUUGCCAGACUCAACAUUAUGAACGUCGUGACUGAUGAUGCUGGUGACUACACUUGUGAAGCAGUUAAUUCUCUUGGCAAAGACUUCACUCACUCCACCGUGAAGGUCGUCGACAUGGGUCUUGCCAAAACACGGCUCACUCCAAGCCGUAGCCGAAGCAGAAGUCGCUCUCCUUCCGUUAUACCGGCAGAACAAGCAAGGCCUCCUGUUAUCACCAGACCGUUGGCCGAUGCGACAGUGAUAGAAGGUAAUCGAGAACUCCUUGAAGUAGAAGUUGACGCCAAUCCAACUCCAACGAUCGAAUGGUACCACGACGGCAAAUUGGUGGCUGAAAGUCGUACUCUACGGACCUACUUUGACGGCCGAGUGGCUUUCUUGAAGAUCUAUGAAGCCCAUGACGAGCACAACGGUCAAUACGUUUGCAAAGUAAGCAAUAAAGCUGGAAGUGUUGAGACAAGAGGAACAGUCGCCGUCCAGAAGGCUUCAGGUCCAGCCGACCACGUCAGCAACAUGCCUACAUUUGUGACGAAGCUUCAAGACGUGAUUCUCAAGAACUCUGGUGAGACUGCGACUUUCACCUGUCAGCUUCACGCUCAACCGGCUCCACAAAUUUUGUGGAUGCACAACGGAAAAGCCAUUCAUAACAUGAGCAAUAUAACAGCUAGAUUUUUCGACGACAAUACAGCGACUUUGGUCAUUGAGAAGGUGACUGAUCAACUUUGUGGAACGUACACGGCCGUCGCUAGUAACAACUUUGGAGACGCUCACUCUUCCGCUCAGCUUUCUAUCGCCGGCAAAGAAGAAAUAGCCGCAGUUGCCUCUCUUCCCUAUUUCAUUGUCGAGCCCAAGCCAAAAAUUUCGGUUGAAGAAGGAACAAACCUCUACAUCACGGCCGAUAUCAAUGGUUCACCAGCGCCUGAAAUCGCCUGGCUCAAAGACAACAGGCCUUUAGAUCCGUCAAACCGAGUUUUUUUAACCAAGGAUCGAGUCUCCUACCAACUUACAAUUCAAAACGUUACUACUGAAGACCAAGGAACAUACACGAUAACGGCCGAAAACGAAAGAGGCAAAGUGAGAGAAAACACCGAAGUUGUCGUCCUUUUGUCAUCUCCCCAACAAAAGCGGAAAGCCGUUCGUACUGACAAAGACAAAGAGCUGAAGCCUGGAAAACCAUCUGAGCCGAGAGCGCGUAGCGCAACAGUCAAUAAUGUUACCUUAAAUUGGGAUGCUCCUGGAGAAGGAAGCGGAGGAGAAGUUGAAAGUUACCAAGUUGAACAAAGAAAUCCUGACCAACAAACAUGGAAAGCCAUCGGAAAAGUUGUGACUACGGAAAUUGACAUCCAGGAACUUGCUCCGAACACCGAAUACUUGUUCCGUGUGGCGGCGAUGAAUAAGAGCGGCAACAGCGACUGGAGUUACAUGAAAGAGACGGUGAAAACAGCUGCAGAGGGACAACUUCCGCAAAUAAUAUCUACUCCUACUUCCAUUUUGACCGCUACACCCAACGAGAAGUUCACCCUCUUUGUCAAAUUUGUCGGUGCUCCGGAGCCAACGGUGAGAUGGUACAAGGACAGCCGAGAACUGAGCUCUUCAGAAAAAGUAAAUUUCGAAAACACUUCACAGAGCUCUCUUCUCACCGUAGAAGCGACUGGCGACGAAGAGGGCACCUAUUCAGUUCACAUUGAGAACGAGCUUGGAAGAGUUUCCUACUCGUGUCAAGUCAAACUGGCCAAAAAGAUGGAAUCACUUCGAUCAAGUCCUGAGCAUUCCUUGGAACGAAAUAUCACGCCGAGUGUUCUCAAAGAGCUUAAUAAUGAGUUCACUCAAACAGGCCAACAGUUUGUUCUCAACUGCCGCAUCGCUUCGAAGUCAGAGCAUACUGUAGCCUGGUUCAGAAACGACGAAAGGAUCCAGCCCACCGGCCGUUACGAACUGAGCACUGACAAGAAAGGCAACCAUCGCCUAGUAUGUCAUUCAUCUCAAGCUGGUGAUUCUGGAACUCAUCGUUGCGUCGUCAGCAACGCAUAUGGAUUCGCACAGAGUGAAUGUAUUGUGACUGUCGAGGACGUUAAAAACUUCAUAACUCCUUCAUUUACUAAAGACCUGGAAGAUAACACUGUGAUUACGGGCAAAAGUAUAGCUUUGCAAUGUGUCGUCCAAGGAUUCCCGACGCCUGAUGUAACUUGGAGCAAAGAUGGUGAAAGAAUCACGACAACGCGACGUAUGAAGUGUACCCGAGAUGAAGACGGUACAUGCAAACUGUUCAUCUCUCAAGCUGAGAGCGAAGACACCGGCGUUUAUGUCUGCUCAGCAACCAACGUGGCAGGAGUCGAUUCGGUUUCAGCAAUGGUCGUCGUCGCGAAAACUGCCGGCGAAGACAUGCAUCUCGUGGUGGCAGACACGCUAGAGGAGAAGCAAGAUAAGCCACGCUUCACUCGAGCUCCACCUUCCCUGUUCGACGUUCCUGAAGGAGGACAGUUCACUCUCAUUGCCAAGGCUGUAGGACAACCAAAGCCAGUGAUGACGUGGUUGAAGGACGGAAGAGAGAUUUUGAGAACAAACCGCCUCUACAAGCACUACCUGACUGGAGAUGGAGAAAGCCACUUAACCGCUGAGUGUGUUGUCUCUAAGACCAGUGGCAUUUUCAGCUGCAAAGCCACCAACAUUCACGGAUCAGUAAUUGCCGAAUCCCAGAUCAUAGUCCAAAGGAAGAAGUCCACCCUGGACCAAGUUUCAUUGGCUCCGACUUUCGUCACGCCUCUAGCCGACAUGGGGAUCGUAAACGGGCACCCCGUAACGUUGAGCUGCGUCGUUCGAGGUGCGCCAGAGCCACAACUCAGAUGGUUCUACAUUGACGACUACGGCAACACGACAGACCUAACAAAAAGCACUAACAACUGGAUCGAAUGCAGAUUCGGAGAGGUGAUAAAACGUUUAGUCUCUUUUUAUCCAAUUGAAAGUUUAUAGAUUGCUGAACUCAAAUCUGAACGAGUUUUUCGCGACCAACGAGGAACUUACAUGUGUGAGGCCAAAAAUGCUAGCGGUCAAUCUUCUACCAAAUGCUAUCUUCUUGUGGGAGGUCCGAUAUUUUCAUAAUUUUGCUCUAAAACUGGAUUCUUUUUGCAGAACUUUCCGACGAGCCAGCUGGACCACCUCGUUUUGUACGCUGUCUCCGAGAUAUUUGGACUCCUCUCAAUGAGAAAGUAUCCUUCAGCGUUGAAAUCGCUGGAUACCCAAUACCUGACCUUGUCUGGUAUCGAAACGAUCAAAAAGUGGUCGAAGGAAAAGGAAUUGAGGUUAUCAUUAAAAAAAAAAACAAAGUACGAAAAAAAAUUUUCGAAAACAUUUAAUUUUAGAAUUUUUUUUUAAAUGAAAAGUUAAUUCAAAAAAAAAAAGUUACAUUAUCGAACGUUUAGAAAAAAACUACAACAAAAUGGGAUGAAACAAUCAGAGAAUCUUGGAAUUUCAGUUUUUAAUGUGUCAUAUAUUCUGUCGACGAACGUUGCUUCAUUGAAAAGUUACGAAACUGUUUUCAGGAAUUAAAAAAAAGGAGUGUGAAGAAUCUGAGACUCAAAGAAAGUUAUAAGAUCUCAUGAUACAUUUUUUUUAUUCAGAAACUACGUUUUUUAUAGCAGAAAGUUAACCAAUCUAUCUCAUUUUUCAGAUCACAUUCCCAACAGACACGACCAGUGUUCUGACUAUUCCAUCGGUUUCGCUUCGAGACCUUGGAAUGUACUCGGUGGAGGCGAGCAAUUUACACGGAGUUGUUCGCACUGCCGGAAGCUUGAACGUCGGUGAGCCUCGACGCGCCGAACCACCUGAGUUCAAGCACCUUUUGCAAAAACUCGUCGCCGUCCAACCGAAAGUCGCCUUUUCAGAAGAUGUGAGCGCUGUCAUUUUUUUCUCAAGAAAUUUUAUUCGAUUCAGGUUGAUUCGUCCGUUUCACCUAACCGCGCCGAGCACAGAAAGAAGGGAGCUGCACCCAUCUUUGUUCAAGGCCUGGAGGAUAUGGACAUGAAAGCCGGCACAUCUGCUGCGGUCGCCGGUAAACUCGGAAGAAGUGAGUGAAUUUGGACGGUUGAAAAUAUAAUUGACAGAGGGUUGAAAAUAUAAUUGACAGAGAGGUUGAAAAUAUAAUUGACAGAGCUACGACCACAACGACAUCAACACAAGGAUGAUGCUACACGGCUAGCAAAGUCCAUUGCAAAAGCUGCGAAGGUUUCUGAACCCCAUACUUCAACCGAAGUACGGCCUGAAUCGAGGCCUGAGAGCUCUGGUAGAAAAGAAUAUUUGAAAGAAUGAAUCAAAAAAAAUAUUAGCGUUGGACGAAGUUCGUGCUGCAAUCAACUCGCGCAACAAAAGAGUCUGUCGGCCCAAAUUUAUGGUGAAACCAAAGCCAAAGAAGGUUAUACAGUAAUGAUAUACAAAAAAAUUGCAUAAUUUCACAGACUUUGGAAGAAUACAAAUCGCUACGCUUGAAGACCGCUGUUUCUGGAAAUCCGCUUCCUCAAGUUCAUUGGGACAAGGGCGGAGUGGUUCUGGAGACCGGCAACAAGUAUUCCAUCUACAACGACGGCGAUUUCUACUAUCUUGAAGUACAAAAAAUUAUUUUCUGUACUCCAAUUCGAUUCUUAGGUUCAUCAUGUUUCGACAUUCGACAAAGGAUUUUAUAACUGUACUGCACAGAACGACGAAGGGAUCGCCACCAGCACUUCUGAGGUGCGCUCUUCUUUCUGUACAACUUUUCUAUAACUUUUUGGAAUCAGAUUGACGUUGUCAAAAGUUCUGAGCAAUCCGCCAAAAAGAAGAGCCGAAAAGAAGAAAAAGCACCAACUUUCAUCGAGGUGCUUCCUGGAGUCGUUGAGGUAGAGAAGGAGGAAUGACAAUCGUGAACAAAAACUACUUCAGGGAACCUUGGGAGAGCCGCAUUCCGUGGAAUGUUCCAUCAGCGCUCACCCAUGUGCAAGGAUUCAAUGGUUCCGCAACUCCGCUGCGCUGCUACCGCAACCCGACAGGUGAAAUAAAAAUUGUAGAACAUUGAGACUAAUCCUAGUUUUGUUUCAGAUACAUCAUGGCUUACGAUGGAGAAUGCGCUUCGUUAAAAUUCUGUUCUUUGCACACCAGUGACGAGGGCACUUACACCUGUGAAGCCGUGAACGAGUACGGAAAAUGCAAAACUCAGGUAUUUCAUUCAAUUUUUAAUUGGUAAAGCUCGAUAUUAUUAAUGAAAAAUGUUAAAAGUACUGCCAACGUGCACGAAAAGUUUUUCCUGCUAGUUUUCUUAAACCAAAUCUUCUUUUUUUUCAGAUGAACCUGAAAGUUUCUGGUGGAAACUCCACUGCUGCUGAAGGAAUACCACCGCUCUUCAAGUUGGAAAUUUGAUGAAGCAAAAUUCGAAAUGGUUGUAAUUAGGUUCGAAAAGAUCAAAUCGGCACGACGAGUGAUCGACGGAAGCCGUGUGGAGCUAGCUGCUGAGCUCACACAAGGCUCCGAGCCACUCCAGAUCCGAUGGCUCCGCAACAAAGUCACAAUUGUUGACUCCCCCUCAUUCGAAUACUCGCGAACAGAGAACAUGGUGAAAUUGUUUUUUUUUUUAACUCUUUUCAAAAUAUUUUAUUUAGGUGUUCUUAACGAUUGCCGACGUCUUCCCAGAAGACGGAGGCGAGUACACGGUUGAAGCGAAAAACCAAUGGGGCAUUGCACGCUGCACAAUGCGCCUCGAUGUGAAAAGUGAGACUUGGAAAGGUUUUCAGAAAGCGAAUGUAUAAUCAGACAACGAACGAUCAACAGUCGAGGAAGAAUCGCCAAAAAUUUUUGACGUCGAGCAGGUUGUUCGGACACACCUCGGCCUGAGUGCGGAACUGAGAGCCCGUGUGAUUGGACAUCCUGAUCCCGUCAUCGCUUGGACCAAAGACGCCAAGCAGCUGUCGAAUGACAGCAAAUUCACGGUAAUAAUGUAGACAAAAUAUUCAACCUUAUUGUGUGUUAGAUCCGAAACGAAGGAGAUCUUUUCAUUCUUCGCGUCGACAAUCCUACACGAGCCGACGCCGGACACUACGUCCUGACGGCGGUCAACGUCGCAGGACAGUCUACCGUAACUAUCGAACUCUCCGUCGCCCCUACUACCGAGUUAGUUUAAAAAAAGUGUAAAUAUCAGAUAUUAUAUGAGAAUCCAUGGAAGUACUGGAAAAAAUUUGAAAAAAAUAGAUUAUGGCGAGUAUCUUUGUUAUCUAUAGUGAAUUAAAAACAGUUUCUAAGCAAAGCGAGGAAUUAUUUUGAAGUUCAUAGUUUUCACAGAAUACAUGAAUAAAACUGUACAGAUUAUACAGAAAAAUCUUUCUUACUAAAAUACUCCGAUAAUCUGUAAAACGAAAAUUUACAAGGUUUACAAAAUUUACACGGCCGUUUUUUUACCUUUCAUUUCAAUCACAAUGAAGUUGCAAAACAUUUAGAAUUUUUCAAAACGGUAAUGGGAUAGAGAACUUCAAUAAUUCUCAAAACCACAGAUCGAUCGGCGACAAACCGAAAUUCACGGAAUCACCAGUGUCGGUACAAACAAGACCAAGAGAGCGCGCCGAGCUGCGGGCGGCUUUUGCCGGUCAGCCGACACCGGUUUGCCGUUGGUUCAAAGAUGAUCAACAACUACAAGAUGGUUGGUUCUCUUAUCUCCUUCAGAUUCAACAUCAAAUCCAGGAGUCGAUGGAUACACCGUCACGACUUCUGAAUCAACAUCAACAUUGACGGUGAACUACCUGGAGAAGAAGCACUUUGGCGAAUAUUUAUGUACCAUUCGCAAUUUGAACGGCGAGGAGUUGUCGACGGCGAUGAUUCUAGUCGAAGGUGAGCCUCCACUUUGAAUCUCUGUAAUUUGUGUCUUCAGCUCUUGCGUCUUUGUUCUGUCUGCUCGUCGGAGCUCUGUGGCUCAUCUGUCUUGUAUGUUUUUAACAUUGUCCAGUUCAGUCAAAUCAUAUAAAUGUUUUGUGAUUCUGAAGGAGCUUUCAUAGAAUCUUCACAGUAGAGUUGAAAAAAGAUCUCUAGAGGCGCAAGGAGCUCAUUUUUUUUUAAUCCACAAAAACCCCCCACGGGUGAAUGUGUUAACCGGUAAUCAGAACGUUUUUAUCAAGCCCAGUGAAUUCAUGUGAAACUAACAUUUUGAGGUUUCAAAGUUUAAGCUUUGAAUUUUUCACAAAAAACGCUUGACAGUGUGUUCAAAAGACGCGCCUGAAUCAACUGAAAAUUGAGUCCAUUAAAACAUUAACUUCCAACCAAGGCUUCGUCUUCAUAAAUCCCUUAAGCAGUAAACGUAUACCCUAAACCAACGAGGAUGUUAGUUUUGCACGGAAAAUGAUCCAAUUGAUCUCAACUGGUAGGAGAAGGAAACACAACUGUUGUCUCGAACUCUUCCGCAUUUUUUUUCCUACGUGUCAGCAAUAAUUUUCUUUAGACCUGCCAUGAAAGUUUUCUUUUCAGGCUCGUCAGCUGCACUUCCACAACGAAGGACGAGCAGGCGUUGA